AUGGCUUUUUCACAAAAUCAAGAUUUGGAAGGAGCCCUACCAACAACCAACCCACCGUCAACAGGAAUAUUCUCUGGCAAUCAAAAUGGUCAAAACAUGAAUAUUGAUCCACCACCACCACCAAUGAGCCAUAAUCGCAUAAGGCAUAACAGGACGUAUGGAAUUAACCGACACACACAAUCAGCAAACACUUCAACCGGAAAUCGACCUGGACCAGGAGGAAACCUUGGAAAUGGAACUUACGGCAUACCCGCGGAAAAUGAAGAACCUCAAGAAAUGGACGAACCCAGGCCGAGACCUGCGGUUAUUAUCAAGGAAGCGGACCUCAAGUACGAUGGCGAAAACUUUGAGGAUUUUUUGGACAGAUUCGAGCUAGCAGCAGAAAUAUACGGUGCUGGCGGCUUUGAUAAAGCACGUCAGGUGUGUAGAUUUGUGAAAAGCAAAGAAUUGAAAAAGGAAUUAGAGUCAAUGGACGGCUAUGAUACCCGCAACUGGACAAUCUUGCGAGCUAGCAUGAUGGAACUCUGGGGAGGGAGGAGUCUGGAUCAGAAGAAAGGUGAUGGAAAAAAGCGUGAGAAGAUGGUAGAGGAAAAUCCUCCCGAAAUGCUUCAAAAACAGGUUGAUAACUUGGCAAAAGCCAUUGAAACACUUACUGGAAAAUUGGAAAAUCAACCAACUACAGAAUAUUCACGUGGAAACGAACGAACAACUGGACGACUUUAUGAUCCCCGGCCCUGUGCCUACUGUCAUAGGGAAGGACAUUCAACUUACACCUGUUAUGAGGCUCAAAAGGAUGAAAAAGAAGGAAUAGUCAAGCGAGAUGGGCGUGACUUCUGUCUUCCAAAUGGCGACAAAAUCCCAUGGAAUCCUUCCAGACCAAUUCGAACUGUAGUAGCAACCAAUGCUGCAAAACCAAAACCUCAGAUCAACUCAGUUUUCAGGAUUAAUUACCCUGCUUCAUCGGAAAUCAGAAGAGAAACUCAGGAAGAAAUUGAAUGUAUAACUUCUCUCCACAAAAUUGAAUGGGAACCACCUAGAGUAGGAUCUUCCAGUUCUAAGAAAAUAAAACUUGAAUCUAAUGCAGCAACGACUCGAGCAGAAGCGCUCCGUGGACGACGCAAACCUCCAGCCGAAAAGGACAACUCAGCAAUGGACGUAGAUCAAACCGAUGAACUUGAAGAAAUCAUACAAGACAUUCCAGCCACUCGGAAAACGCCAGGACAAAUUUCGGACCCUCAAGGGAAAUCAACAGCUCAAAGAGGGGACAAGACCGUAGAAUCAGAAUUGCUAUCAGAAUUGGACAACUUAAGAAUACCAACCACUUUUUCACAACUCACGUCAAUUUCACCAACAUAUGCUCAAGAGGUUAUCAAGAAACUCCAGAAACGACUCCCGGAACAUCAAAAUUCUAAAUUAACCUACGUAAAAUAA